AUGGGAAGAGCAGCACUCGCUGUUGGAAGCAUGGACGAGCUCCCCAAAGCCUCUCUCUGGAUUCCAGAGGAAGCGCCAACUGACCUUGACGAGAAGGAAAUUGUGCUCAGGAGACUUGAGGGGCAAAACCCAAACUUGCAUGUGGCGAAAUGGUGCACCUUCCACCAUGAAACCAAAAAAGACCCCAAGGGCAAUCUCUUCGUCUUUGGAAUCAGAGACGAAGACGUGGGAUCCCUAAAGGUCAAAUCAAUGAGAGUGAGCUUUGUAUUCACCUCCUCAUUGACUAUAAGGCCAAAUGCUGAAGCGGGGCCCAGUGAAGAAUGA